UCUGAGUCUUCUUAAGUAAAUAGAAGUUCUUAGAUUUUCCAUCUAGAGGAGACUCCGAACCCUUCAGCGCUACUCUACCAGAGCUCAACUGCUCGCUGCUUUGGUUCUUAAGGGGGGAGUACUUAACAGUCUCGGGAGGAAGAUCUACAAGGAAGAGAGACUGAUGAAGCUGUAUCAUGACUGGGCGAUGCAUGUGUUACGCCGCCUACGUUGUGACGGCACGUUUGAACAGCUUAAGCCAUUAGUCAAUUUAAAAGGCUGUAAAGAGGCAUACAGUUUCGACUUAAAGUCGGCCACGGAUCGACGGCCUCGCGCCAUCAUUCGUGAGGUUGUAGCCUCCAUGUUCGGACGUCAUAUUGCGUGGUCAUUGGUGGAAGCAGCGGCGCGGGCAGUCUCAAGUAGGCAUUAUUUCUUCGCAGUAGGUAAACCGUUGGGUUACUAUGGUUACUGGCCGCUGUUCGCGCUAUCACAUCAUGUGAGAGUGGUGUGGCUAGCAACGAGCCGGGUAUAUAGCGGUUUGGAGCGGUUUGAGGCCUGUGUGGUUUUCGGCGAUGACGUAGUAAUCACCGACCGGGUGGCUGACGAAUACAGAAGUCUUAUCUCCUUAUUAGGGGUUAGUAUUUUGGACUCGAAGUCCUUAGUAUCCCGAACGGGUGUUUUCGAGCUCACAAAACGAUUCUUUUUAUUAAGCAGGGCCGUGUGGAUGUCUCUCCGAUAUCUAUGCGUGCCUUGCACUUAUGUCGAACGACCCUCGGUCUAGCGACUGUUCGCAGUAGGUAUGAUACAGAUUUAGUAUCACACUCCGUUUAGGCAGUGCUGGCUACAGGGUUCUUGCGGCUCUCGGAGCGGGACGACUAUCGCGUCGUUGGGAGCGCUUGCGCUUAUUCUUGGCGAAACCUGACCGUUGUUCUGAUAUGGAGUUGGAGUUGAGUGGUGGCUUUACGGGGGGAAACCAAUGGAUCCAUACAGGAGAGAGUACAUAUAUGGGCGGCGCGGCCGUGGGGAGUUCCAUUGUCGUUUGACAACUGAGACAUAAAAACAGUAUUGGCUAUUAGGCUUUCUAGUUAUCGGUUAUAUCCUUUUAGUGAAGAGGAAGCAAAGAUUUGCUCCCCUAAAGCCGCUCGAGAAGGUGAGAGGUCCAUCUGGUGGUAUCGUAUAAAAGGUCACGGCUGCAUUUAGGAGUGAUCUUUCCAAAGUA